UUGAAGACAGAUCUGUUCGAAGACCAUUCCGAGAAGACUAAAAUCGAAGCCCUAGGAGGUUGUCUUCUCCUCCUCUCUCUCUUCCUUUCCUUACGAUCUGCGUUCCGGUUUCCCCUUGCACCUGUUGCUUCGAGUUGUCUUGUAAUCCACUAUUCGUUAUCGGUUGUGAUUUGUCUUAGCAGGAGGCUCUGUCUUGCCUCUCUUCUUGGGCUAAUCUUACCUUUUACUCGCAUCAGAUGCACUUUUGGUUGUAUUCAUACCAAAAUGCAGAUUUUCAGCUGGUUUUUGAAUCCAAAUGGACUCCAAGAAGUUCAUGCAGAUGGUGGAAGAGAAGAAACGACAGAUUCUUGCGAAGAAGGAAGCUCCUCUGAAAUGGGAGCAGAAGCUAGAGGCGGCUGCCAAGGCUGCUGAAACCAAAGAGAAGAAGUCAAAGAAGCGAAGACAUAGGGAUGCCUCUGAAUCGAGCUCUGAAAGUGAUAGUAGCCCUCAGGUGAGAAGAAAGUCAAGGAGAACUCACAGUAAGCACCGGAGGCAUGCACACUCUGAUUCAGAUGACAGCGACAGGAGGAAAGAUAGGAAAUCCAGGAGGCAUAAGAGAAGGUCCUCAGGUAGCAGUGACGAGUACGAAAGCAGCGGGUCAGAGGACGAGCACAGGAAGACCAUAAGGCACCACCGGAGGCACAAGUCGCAUAGCUCAAGGCAGACUUCUGAUGAUGACAAUGCGGAAGGUGCCAGAAGAAGACAUGCAAAGCAUCACAGGCCUAAUGAGGUGGUUACUUCAAGCGAUAGCGAGGAAGAGAAAGGAGGAAGAAGAAGACGAGGGAAAUAUCACAGGCACAACAGGGGUGCAGCCUCGUCCAGCGACUCAGAGGAUAGCGGAAAGAGUAGAAAGAGAAGGCAACACAAAAGGGGUCGAUGGGGAGAGUCUUCAAGUGAGGAUGAUGGAGCAAUGCGAAGGAGUAGGCAUCAUAAACAUGACAGAGAGUCAGCAUCCGAAACUGACGGAAUGUUAUCAGAUGAGAAAAGAGAGCACAACACAGACAAGUGAAAAUGUGGACGGGGGGCAUUAGGAAGUGCAUUUGUUUAAGUUCAGUCAUCAGAACUGAGUGUUGUGCAACCAUUAGCACAAAGACUCUUUAAUAUUGUUGUGAUUUACUUGUGUGGCACUUCUCUUCGUUGUUUAUGUUUCAUCAUCUUACAUCAGUCAAAUUACUGAAAACAAUCCUAAAUGAUUCUGGACGCAUUGACCAUGUUGUUUUUCAGCUCUCGAGUGUUAUUAAAAACUGGUUUAUAUAAUGAAAUUGUUCCAACUA